AUGUCUGAGAAAUUUCCCCCAUUGGAAAAUGAAAACUUCGAAUCAGAAGCUGGUGCUUCUCAAGAAGAGACGGAUUUCUUGAAAAGAGAAGCUGAGCUUUUGGGCGACGAAUUUAAGACCGAACAGGACUCAGAAUUCCUGCAAGAUGAGGACGAUGACGAAUUCGGCAACUUUGAGGAAGUGCCUGCGGUUUCUCAAUCGAAUGCCGCUGCGAACAAGACCCAGGAUGACGAAAUGUCAGAAGAGUCCCAGACAAUCGAAACACAGCACAGCAAGGAUGAAGCUUCAAGCCCUACCGAUUCCAAAGCUGUCUCUAACUGGAGAGAAGCUCGUGACAGAGAAGUAAGUGAAAGAGACGUCGCCCAGGGAGAGGCCAAGACCAAACUACAAGACGACGCCGUCAAACACAUGGACGAUUUCUACGAUAACUACAACAGAAAGAAGGAGCAGCAGUUGAAUACCUCCAGAUCUGAUGCCGAAAAGUUUCUGAAAGAAAGGGAUGGCUUUCUAGCUCAAAAAAAUACGACCUGGGACCGUGUUUUGCAACUUAUAAACGUCGAUGACGCUGAUCUUGUAAAUGGCAGAGACAGAUCUAAGUUUAAAGAAAUAUUGGUCAAGCUCAAGGGCAAUCCAAAUGCCCCUGGAGCUUAG